AUGGCGACCGAAGAAGGCAUCAUGCCUGUGGCAGUCAAGCCGAGAGCCUACCAGCAAGAAAUGCUGGCUGAGAGUCUGCGCCAAAACACCAUUGUCGCAAUGGACACUGGCAGUGGGAAGACACAGAUUGCUAUUCUUCGAAUCCAGGAAGAGCUUGCACGCUGUGCACCAGAAAAGAAUAUCGCUGACGGAAUCACGAACCUAGCCCAUAGAUGCGUUGGCGCCAGCCCAUUUAAUGGCAUAAUGCGUUUAUACCAUCAUGCCCGCUUAUCAAGCGACGAGUCUGUGCUACCGGCUAUUCUGGGGUUGACUGCGACUCCUGCUACACGAGCUACUGCUGAAGCAGUGAAACAAAACAUGGAGGAGCCUACAAAAACCUUGCAAUGUCUCAGCACUCUACUAGACCUUACGUUACAAGACAUCGAGAGCGAUCCUUACAUCAAGUCAUUACGAGCGAGCAAGGACAAUAAAAGUCAAGAAACGCUCAUCAAGACUCUUGAGAGUGGCAAAACUUUCACGAGAAAGGAGCUGAAAUCGCUUUCUCAGCGUGGAGACGUUAUUCACGAGCAACUCGGAGCUUGGGCAGCCGACGUGUUCGUAGGCACAUGCGCCGAGAGGUUCAUUGAAGAAGUGACUCGAAGAUCCAAGAACGACAUUUUCCGCCAUUUCGAGGACGCAGAAAAGACGUAUAUGAUGCAGUACCUCUCAAUGCUUCCGGACACUGUCGAGCAAAGACGCUGGGGAAGCCAGCCGGACAGUAUUUCGGAGAAAGCGGGAUUGCUGCUCAACACCAUUGCAGAGUCUUACAACCCGGGAUACCGGAUUAUAGUGUUCGCUGAGCAACGUGCCACGGUAAUCAUGCUAGCCCAUCUUUUGUCGACCCACCCGCUGAUGGAAGGGAUCGUGACGAAAUACUUUCUUGGAAACUCAAACUAUACUAGCCGAAAGUCAAACAUCACCGAGCUCUCCUCCCUCAAGGAUCAAAAAGAUGUCUUGAACGACUUGCGUGUUGGAAAAACCAACAUACUGAUUUCCACCUCGGUUCUAGAAGAAGGAAUCGAUGUACCAGCCUGCAAUGUGGUAAUCUGUUUUGACCCUCCGAAAGAUUUGAGGUCAUUCGUUCAGAGAAGAGGGCGAGCCCGAGAUCGCCAGUCCGAACUCGUCGUAUUUAUUGACGGCGAUGACGAUGACAGUAUGGCCAAAUGGGCAUCAAUGGAGCAACAGCUGAAGGCCUUAUACGCGGACAACAUGAGGGUUCUGGAAGAAAUCAAAGCCCUCGAGGACUUUGAGGAAGAGAGUGCUGAAUUUUUCCGGGUACCCGAAACUGAGGCCGUUUUGAAUCACGAAAAUGCAUGCCAAUAUCUAGUGUAUUUCUGCUCAACAAUGUCAUAUGCUUUCACUGACAAUAAGCCCGAUUAUAUCAUUGAACGAUGUGAUCUAGCCUCUCAGAUCGUUAAAGUCACGGCCAAGGUUGUUCUGCCGAGUUUAUUAGAUCCAUCUCUGCGCGUUGCCCAUUCGAAAUCUAAAUGGAGAACCGAGAAAGCGGCUAAAAGAGACGCUGCUUUCCAGGCUUACUUGGCUCUCUAUACAGCAGGACUGGUAGAUGACCAUCUCAUGCCUAGUCACCGGAAGAAAUAUUCAGACCCGGAGAUAACAAUCCAAGAGAAACAGGUGAAACUUACCCGGGUCUCGGAAUGCUGGAGUCCCUGGCACAAUAUAGCUCAGCUGCGGAAAAGCGGUCUGGAGCUCAUCCAGACACGAGUGUGUUUCGAAGCAAAUCCGUUAGGAGUGCCUGACAUGCUUUUGCUUCUACCGAGUCGUAUCCCAUGCGAUUGGUCCUUUGAACUCUUUUGGAACCAGGACGUCACGUUGCGAGCAAGGAUUUGCAACGAUCGCAGUAUCACACCGCAUGUGAACUCCGAGCAAGCGGCACGUUUCACUCACCAGGUGUUGUAUUGCACCUACGAGGGUAGAAUGGCCUCACCGGAGGCGGAUUUUCUUACAUUAUUUUGGCCUGCAGAGGCUAUCGACGUGGCUACUGAGGAAUGGCUUCUCUCAACCGAGGGGAAGUAUGAUGGCACAACUAUUCAAGCAGACCAGAUUACGACAGAACAGUUACAAGAGAUUGGCAUGGCUCGCACCACAGACCAGAAUGCCCGACCGUUUUUCAUUGAGCAGAUUGUCAACUUGCCUGUAGAGGAUGCUGUGAUGCAGGAAACAGAAACAGACGAGCAGCCUACGGCAGCUGUCAGAUUAGAGACACAUCUCAAGGGAACUACGCUUCCCAAGCGUGCGGAUUUUCUUCAUCCAAUCGCGCAGUCGGAACAAUUACCAUUGGCACAUACGGCCCAGCAGUGCUUUCCAGCGCAUUUGUGUCGUAUAGACCGACUUCCUGCAAGAUUUGCAAAAUUUGCCCUAUUCAUCCCUUCAAUAACGCACAAUAUCGAAGUCCUCUUCGUGGCAGAGAGAUUAGCGAAGACCGUACUGUCGAGGGUGCAGUUCUCGGAUCUAGCACAUGUUUUGACCGCUAUUAGCACCUCUGUGGCAAAGGAAGCAACAGACUAUCAACGAUAUGAAUUCCUUGGCGACAGUCUCUUGAAGUUAAUCACGUCUAUUCAUUUGGUUGCGAACAACCCACUUUGGCACGAAGGGAUGCUGUCGGCUGCGAAAGACGGCAUCGUUUCUAACGAGCGCCUAGCACGAACCGCACGAGAACUAGGCUUAGAUCAGUUCAUCCUAACUAAGCCGUUUACUGGACGUAAAUGGAGGCCCUAUUACGCCUCUCAGUUCGCCAAGGCGGAAGACAACGAGUCGCUGGAGGAAACGCGUGAGCUUUCAUCCAAGACGUUGGCUGACGUUGUAGAAUCCCUGAUGGGGGCAGCGUUUCUUGAUGGUGGCUACGAGAAAUUAGAAGCAUGUGCCAAAGUGUUUAUGCCUGAGAAGCUUUGGAAUUCUAUGGACGUUGACGUCCAGAAAAUGUACGCAGAAGCUGUGCUCUCCGAAAAGGCAGCAUCCCACCCUAAAUUGGCCCAGAUAGAGGAAAUGCUCGGGUAUAAGUUCAACAAGCCUAGUCUUUUGUUUGAAGCGUUGACUCACCCCUGUUCCAAUGACGGGUCACCGACUUACCAGCGACUGGAAUUCUUGGGAGACUCGCUGCUUGACCAUCUCGUGGUUCAGGAAGUUUUCCACCAGCCAAAGCAGCUUUCCCACCAGAACAUGCACUUGAUGCGAACAGCGGUGGUGAACGCCCACUUCCUUGGCUUCCUAUGCCAGAGUCUCUAUAUCACAGAGAUGCGUGAAGAAGCGGCAGAAGCCGGACAGGCGCACCUCUCAACCGUUCAGACAGAGCAUAAGAUAUACCUCUGGCAAAUGAUGCGGCACGGAGCAUCAUGGGAAAUCGUCAAUGCUCAACAAGAGACGCAAAACCGGUAUGAAAAGUGGGGUGCAGAAGUCCACAAUGCACUCAAACACUCGCGCAACUACCCCUGGGCAGAGCUGUUUCGCAUUAAUGCCAGCAAAUUCUUCUCUGACAUCAUCGAGAGCAUCCUGUGCGCGAUAUUUGUUGACUCACAGGGCUCGUUGGAUGCUGGUCGCAAUUUUAUAGAGCGCAUUGGCCUGCUUCCGUAUCUGCGCCGAAUCAUUCAUGAGAAGGUGGAAAUCCUGCAUCCUUUCAGCCAAGUGCGCGAGGCGGCGAGGUCGGAGAAGGUGGAUAUUCGCACCGAGGAGAAGAAGAAGAAGAAGAAUAUGGCAUCCAGUGAUGAUUCUGGAACAGAGCAGUUGGACUCGGUGUACAUCUGCACUGUGCUGGUGGGCAAUGAAGAGAUUGUCCAGCUUGCUGACGGCGUUAAUAAAGCCGAGGUCGAGACGAGAGCGGCCGCCUUGGCGGCUGAUAUUCUCAGGGCGCGAAUGCAUUCACCAAAGCGGUAG